AUGGCGGAGACGCAGAAGCCAACAGCACAGGAGCGGAGCGUGGAGGGCCACGUGAGAUGGGUCACCACCGGGGUGACCGGUGGGGUGAGAUGCCGAGAAGAGGAUGAGCUCCAUGAACGGAUCAUGGAGAAGGAGCGCCAGAGCAAGAAGCGCGUGGCCAGCAGCUCCGCUGGCGACACAGAAGGUCCGGGGCGUUCUUUCGAGUUCAGCAACGAGGAGGAGCGGCGCGAAGCCAUCGACCACAUCCGGCUGAUGGCCCGGCGGAAAUACCUGGGUGAGCGUGAGGCGCGGCGGACGCGGACGAACUGGGCCUUCAGCGUGGGAGAGGUGAAGAUCUCCGAUCUCCGCGGCAGGCAAGUCUCAGACGCCGAGUGGCUCAUGAAGGGCGAGAAGCUUUCGGAGGCUGAGCAACAGUGCUCCGCCGAGAGUCGUUCGCGCGCGAGAGAAGGCGAAACCGGGGGCGCGGGAGUCGCGGAACGAGAUGUGGAAGGGUACCUGAAGCUGGAACGAGAUCUUUACGAUGUCACCAAGCAGAGGAUGGAGGAGACACCCAAGCAACCAUGGGAGCGAGGUCUUGAACGGCCGGUGGGCUACAACAUGCCCGACGUCUACGACGACGAUGACCAGAAAGGCCCGGAGAGCGGUCAGUCCAAGCGGUGGAGCGGUGGAGCGGCAGAUGAGGGGGCUGAGGAUGGGGCAGAUGAGGAUGGUGAUGGCUGUGUCAUGAGACAGAAUAAGCGCUUCGCGGUCCUGGAGCAAAGAUACCAGCAGACCUACGAUGAGAUUCUUGGGAAGUGGGAGAAGAACGAGGAGCAACGCUUGGAGGAUGCGACCGUCUCCAAGGCCGUGACCAAAUACGGCGCCCAGAAAGGGAGAAAAGAAAACAAGGAGAAGACACAGUACGACCUCAUUCUCGAGGAUGCGGUGGAGUUUGGAGAGGCGGAGGUCGUUGGAGGCAACUUCAAGGCGCCGACGCUGGAGGAGGGUCCCAAGGCGGAGUCCAGUGAUGAGGACGAGAAGGACAUGAACGUGCCAAAAGCGAUUCGGGACGAGAGGGUCUUCAAGAAGCUGAAGAAGGAGGCGGAUAACCUGCAGAAAGACCGGAAGUCCCUACCGGUUUAUUUGUACAAGGCGCCACUUCUGGAAGCCGUGCGAGACUACCAGGUGUUGAUCAUCGUGGGCGAAACCGGCUCCGGAAAGACGACCCAGAUCCCGCAGUAUUUGCAUGAAGUGGGCUACUCCAAGAUCGGCAAGAUCGGGUGUACUCAGCCUCGGCGUGUGGCUGCCAUGUCCGUGGCCGCACGCGUGGCGAAAGAGUAUGGCUGCAAGGUCGGCCAUGAGGUUGGCUACAACAUCCGUUUCGAGGAUUGUACCACAGACCGCACCAUCAUUGAAUACAUGACCGAUGGAAUGAACGAGCCUGACAUGGCGUCCUAUUCGGCGCGGGGGCCCGGCCGCGCGGGGCGGUCGGAGACCGAGUCGGUCAUGAUGAUCGAUGAAGCGCACGAACGGACGCUCCACACAGACGUGCUCUUCGGAUUAGUGAAGGAUGUGGCCCGCUUUCGGCAAGACUUGAAGCUGAUCAUCUCAUCGGCCACCUUGGACGCAGAGAAGUUCUCCGAAUACUUUGACAAUGCACCGAUCUUCAACGUCCCGGGCCGCCGAUUCCCUGCCCGGAGACCCAGCUCCGAGGACAGACGUGCUCUGUGCUCCGUGCUCCGCGUGGGUCGAAACUGGGAGAGGAUCCGUCCGCGUGGUCGUCCGCAUGCAGCCGAGUAUCAUGCAGCAGGACUCGAAAAGGUGAGCAUCCACUACACCAAGGCGCCUGAGGCCAACUACUUGGACGCCUGCGUCAUCACGGUGCUUCAGAUUCACCUGACUCAAGGGCCUGGCGAUGUCUUGGUCUUCUUCACGGGCCAACAGGAGAUUGAAGAGGCCAUGGACCUCUUGAGCUUCAAGACGCGAGGCAUGGGAACCACCAUGGGUGAACUUUUGGUGCUGCCCAUCUAUGCCAACCUGCCCACUGACAUGCAGGCGAAGAUCUUCGAAGCCACUCCACCGGGCGCGCGCGAGGCCCCAGCGGCGACGCCCCAGGCGGAAGGUGGUCUUGGCCACGAACAUCGCUCCUUGGUGAAGCGAGACGAGACGUGGACGUGGCGAGAACCGCGGCGUUCGAAUCGUGGCGUGAACGGUGCUAGCCUUCCUCUCUUGGCGGUGGCUGUGGCGGCCAGCGUCGGGCACAGCACCCGCCGGAGCAAAGAGAAGGAAGAGAAGGAGUCUGAAGAUGAGUGGCGCGAUGCACAGACCAUCUCGGGAUUGACCUCUUCGGUGGGCGCGGGAGUGGUCAACAACAUCGAGAUUGCCAAGAUCUUGCCACAUCGUUAUCCCUUCCUCUUAGUGGACAAAGUCAUCCACUUGGAGAAGAUGAAGCGAGCCGUUGGGGUGAAGAACAUCACUGCCAAUGAGCCGCAGUUCACAGGCCAUUUUCCGGAGAACCCCAUCAUGCCCGGUGUGUUGCAGGUGGAGGCGUUGGCGCAGCUGGCAGGGGUUGUUUGCAUGCAGCCGGGAGACCAGGUCCUCUUUGCCGGCAUCGAUGGAGUGAAGUUUCGCAAGCCGGUGGUGCCUGGGGACACCUUGGUGAUGGAGGUGGAAGUGAAGAAGUUCCGAGAAAAGGUGGGCAUUGCCAAGAUCACCGGUGCGGCCUAUGUGGAUGGAACCAAGGUUUUGGAAGUGAAAGAAUUCACCUGCGCCCCGGCAGGCUCCCGCGUCGGUCGAGCGGGAGAUGUCGUGUCGUCCAUGUCGUCUUUGAUCGUGGUGCCCUGCUCCAAGGCCUCCGCCAACCAGCGCGCUGGGCGCGCGGGCCGCGUGAAGCCGGGAAAAUGCUUUCGGCUCUUCACCAAGUGGUCCUAUGAACAUGAGCUGGACGACGACAACGCGCCAGAGAUCCAGCGAUCGAAUUUGGGACACGUGGUGCUCCUCGGAGCGAAGGGAGAGAGGUUGAUGUUGAAGUCCAUCGGCAUCGACGAUUUGCUGCACUUCGAUUUCAUGGACCCUCCGCCCCCCCGAGACCUUGAUCAAGGCCUUGGAGCAGCUCUAUGCGCUCAGUGCCUUGAACGACCAGGGCGAUCUCACCAAGCUCGGUCGCCGAAUGGCGGAGUUCCCCAUGGAUCCGCAACAGUCCAAGUCUUUGAUCCAGGCUGA